AUGGAAGAGAGGCUGGCAAAGCGCCUCAAAGCCACGCCGCUCGCUUUGUCUGUUCAGGCUACCUCAUUUGUGUCGCCGCUGCCAAUAUUGCAGCCAGUACCAUCGCCUCUUCCAAUACUCCUACAACCAGAUCCCCCCGGCCAGACCAUUACCGACCACCCAAUCUUCAUCGCUGACCUCAUUGACGGCACAUCCAACUUCGUCCACGGCUUCCUCGACGUCACCGUCUCCAUCACCGUCGCCAGGCCGGUCCUUCUGUCGCCGCCCCGGGAGAUGAAGGAACUGACACCGAGGAACCUCUGGUCCACCACCAAGGGCCACGGCGCACAUCCUACCACACAAGUCAGCACCACCGCCACCACCGACCACAUCUCUAAUAACAAUCAUACGAAGCACUUCUCCCCCAACUAUCCUUUCAAGGCCUCUUCUACGAAUGGAUCCCCCUAUCCUCUACUGCCAUUUUCCGAAUUUCAACUUCGCGAAGUCAUAUACCACGAGUUAGGAUAUGCCCUGAAGGAACUUCAAGUAAAUGGAAUACCAUUCGACGAUGUGGAUAUCAAGGUUUCUGCUGAGCUCAGUUGUCUGGUGAAGGACGAAGGCCUCUAUCUGGAUGCAUCUACAGCUUUCAUCACCCACCCCGGAAUGGUAAACAAUGAUACCAAGGGCCCGCUGCUCCCAUUGAAGAGGCUCAUUCUGGGCUUCUCCGUCGUCCAGUAUGUCAUCGAGUCUCUGCUCAACUACCGUAUCCUCCAGCUGCAUAACUACCCCCGUCAUCCUCGCCAAAAAAAAGUCAACCAAGAGACUUUUGACAAGUCACAAGCCUAUGGUCGUGCUAAAGCUCAGUUCUCCGGCAUCAGCGGCCUCUGGGGCCAGAUACUCAACUUCGUCUUUGUCUAUUUCGAAGUCAUGUCUAAGCUGUGGUCCUGGACCGGCGACCUGCUUCUCAAGUAUGCGCCAGCGCCCUUCACCGGCUAA